GCGCUCGGGCGGGGGCACCGCCGGCUCCCAAUCGCGCACAAUGAGACAGCGCUGAGCGCCGGAAGUGGGGCUGAAGGAAAACACGGAGAGGGAGCCCGGCCGGGACAGGAAGAGGCGGGGGGCCGCGGCGGAGGUGGUGAAGAGGAAGAAAACUGAAGUCAAAGACCAUGGGAGAUGCCACAAAACCUUAUUUUGUGAGGCGUCCUAAAGAGCGAGGGACUACAGAUGAUGAUGAUUUCAGAAGGGGUCACCCCCAACAAGAUUAUUUAAUAAUGGAUGAUUAUGCUAAAGGCCAUAGCAGUAAAAUGGAAAAAGGCCUUCCCAAAAAAAAAGUAACACCGGGGAACUAUGGGAAUACCCCCAGAAAAGGACCGUAUGCUGUUUCUAGCAAUCCAUAUGCAUUUAAGAACCCAAUUUACAGUCAACCCACUUGGAUCAAUGACAACCACAGAGAUCAGAGUAAGAGAUGGCUAUCUGAUGAACUUGCCAAUAAUUCAGACAGUUGGAGAGAAUACAAACCUGGACCUAGACUCCCUGUUAUAAACCGACCAAGAAGAGACUCUUUUCAAGAAAGUGAAGAUGGAUAUAGGUGGCAAGAUGGAAGAGGCUGCAGAACUGUAAGACGACUAUUUCAUAAAGAGCUGACAAACCUGGACACCAUGUCAGAAAUGGAAGCGGGAAGCCCUGAAAACAAGAAACCGAGGUCCAGACCUCGGAAGCCACGGAGAACUAGAAAUGACGAAAAUGAACAGGAUGGAGACUUGGAAGGCCCUGUGAUCGAUGAGUCUGUGCUUUCAACGAAGGAGCUGCUGGGCUUACAGCAGGCUGAGGAGCGGCUGAAAAGAGACUGCAUCGACAGGCUGAAAAGGCGACCAAGAAACUACCCUACAGCAAAGUACACCUGCAAACUCUGUGAUGUUUUAAUUGAAUCCAUUGCAUUUGCUCAUAAGCAUAUCAAAGAGAAGAGGCACAAGAAAAACAUUAAGGAGAAGCAAGAGGAAGAGUUGCUCACCACGUUACCCCCGCCUACACCCUCCCAGAUAAAUGCAAUUGGUAUUGCCAUUGACAAAGUGGUACAGGAGUUUGGCUUACACAAUGAGAACUUGGAACAGAGACUAGAAAUUAAACGUAUCAUGGAAAAUGUGUUCCAACACAAGUUACCAGAUUGUUCUCUGAGAUUAUAUGGGUCAUCCUAUAGCAGAUUGGGUUUCAAAAAUUCGGAUAUAAACAUUGACAUUCAAUUUCCAGCCAUUAUGUCUCAGCCAGAUGUUCUCUUACUUGUCCAAGAAUGUUUAAAUAACAAUGACUCUUUUAUUGAUGUUGAUGCAGAUUUCCAUGCUCGGGUGCCAGUGGUGGUGUGCAGAGAAAAGCAAAGUGGUCUUCUUUGUAAAGUGAGUGCAGGAAAUGAAAAUGCUUGUCUGACAACAAAUCAUUUAACUGCCCUUGGAAAACUAGAAUCAAAGCUGGUUCCUCUGGUGAUUGCAUUUAGGUACUGGGCAAAGCUUUGCAGUAUAGAUCGCCCUGAAGAAGGAGGUUUACCACCUUAUGUGUUUGCUCUGAUGGCCAUUUUCUUUCUUCAACAGAGGAAAGAACCCCUUCUGCCUGUUUAUCUAGGAUCAUGGAUUGAAGGAUUCUCACUAAACAAAUUAGGAAACUUCAACCUUAAAGAAAUUGAGAAAGACUCUGUGGUCUGGGAAUACACUGAUAAUGUUGCAGGGGAUGUGGACUCAACAAAAGAGGAGGCACCAAAGGAAAUGGCCAUUAAAAGGGGACAGGUACCAUUAAUAUUUGAUUCAAAACAGCAGCCUUCAGUACCAAUUGGGCAACUCUGGGUGGAAUUGCUUCGAUUCUAUGCUUUAGAAUUUAAUUUGGCUGAUUUAGUGAUAAGUAUCCGUGUCAAAGAAUCGAUAUCUCGUGAAUCAAAGGAUUGGCCCAAAAAACGCAUUGCCAUUGAAGAUCCCUACUCUAUAAAAAGAAAUGUGGCAAGGACCCUAAAUAAUCAACCUGUGUUUGAAUAUAUACUUCAUUGUUUAAGGACAACGUAUAAAUAUUUUGCUCUUCCACACAAAGUUAUGAAAUCCAGCCUUCCAAAGCCUCUGAGUACUGUCAGCUGUACUUCUGAACGUUCUAAAGAAAUAGCAAAACAUGAUCCAGAGGUACAAGCGAAAGGUGAUAAACUCAAAAACUCAGUUUUGGCUCAAGGUUCUGGUGCUGCCAGUUCAACUGCAAACACCUGCAAGGCCCAGCCACUUACUCUUAAAGAGACUGCUGAAAACUUUCAAAGCCCAUCAGCAGAGAAGAUGGGAAACUCACACAUCAGUGUCCACCUGGAAAACUCUGACUGUAUUAAGGCAAAAGUCAGUUCUGGUGACUCUAAGGACAUUGAAGUACAUCAUCAAGAAACAGGAAGUAAAAAUAAGAAAGAAAAAAGUGGAAAGGAAAGCAAGCAUCCUUUGACUGCUGAUGAUCAAGCUUUAAGUAGUAGCAAGUGUGGAGCGCUUGUUACCUGUGGCAGCCCAGGAACUAAGGAGACAGAUACCACUUUGAGUCUAGAAGGCUUCAAAAAUCCUAUAGCUAAAGAGUAUGAUGAAUUUCCUACUUCAUAUGCCAAGGCUGAUGUUGAUGAAGAAAGCAUAGAAGAUACCAAUGAACUUGGAGAUGCUGUAAGCCACUUUACCCCUUCAAGACAGAGCCGGAUAUCAGGAAUCCUUCACUCUGAUGAGGAAGAGGAGGACGAGGAGGAGGAAGAAGAACCCCGGCUCUCCAUUUCCCGAAGGGAAGAUGAGGAUGACAUUGCUAAUGGAGAUGAAUUAGACAACACCUUCACUGGAUCAGGUGAUGAGGAUGCCCUGUCUGAAGAGGAUGUGGAAUUAGAUGGAUCUGCUAAGUAUGAAGACUUGAAAGAAUGUGGAAAACACCAUGUAGAUGGAAACCUACUAACGGAACUUAAUAAAAUCAGCCUUAAAGAAGAAAGUGUAUGUGAGGAAAAUUCAACUGUGAACCAGUCUGAUUUCUUCUAUGAAUUUAGUAAACUCAGCUUCACCAAAGGCAAGUCUCCUACAGUAGUUUGCAGUUUAUGCAAACGAGAGGGUCAUCUAAAGAAGGACUGUCCUGAAGACUUCAAAAGAAUCCAGCUGGAACCUUUGCCACCAUUAACACCCAAAUUUUCAAAUAUCUUAGAUCAAGUUUGCAUUCAGUGUUACAAGGAUUUUUCUCCAACUGUUCUAGAAGAUCAGGCACGUGAACAUAUUCGGCAAAACCUAGAAAAUUUCAUAAGGCAGGAGUUUCCAGGAACUAAAUUGAGCUUGUUUGGCUCCUCCAAAAAUGGAUUUGGGUUCAAACAGAGUGACCUUGAUGUCUGCAUGACAAUUAACGGACUUGAAACUGCUGAGGAGUUGGACUGUGUAAGAACUAUUGAAGAAUUGGCAAGAGUCCUCAAAAAGCAUUCAGGACUGAGAAACAUCUUGCCUAUUACAACAGCAAAAGUGCCAAUUGUAAAGUUCUUCCAUUUGAGAAGCGGUCUGGAAGUGGACAUCAGUUUGUAUAACACAUUGGCCCUUCAUAACACAAGACUCUUAUCUGCUUAUUCAGCCAUUGAUCCCAGAGUGAAAUAUUUGUGCUAUACUAUGAAAGUAUUUACAAAGAUGUGCGAUAUUGGCGAUGCUUCUAGAGGCAGCUUAUCGUCAUACGCAUAUACGCUCAUGGUGCUAUAUUUUCUCCAGCAGAGGAAUCCACCAGUUAUUCCUGUCCUUCAAGAGAUAUACAAAGGUGAAAAGAAACCUGAAAUAUUUGUUGAUGGCUGGAAUAUUUAUUUUUUUGAUCAAAUAGAUGAACUGCCCAACUAUUGGCCAGAAUAUGGAAAAAAUACAGAAUCUGUUGGGCAGCUAUGGUUGGGACUUCUUCGUUUCUACACAGAGGAAUUUGAUUUUAAAGAACAUGUAAUUAGCAUCAGGAGAAAAAGUCUGCUUACAACUUUUAAGAAACAGUGGACAUCAAAAUACAUUGUUAUUGAAGAUCCAUUUGAUUUGAAUCAUAAUCUUGGAGCUGGAUUAUCAAGGAAAAUGACAAAUUUUAUAAUGAAAGCGUUUAUUAAUGGGAGAAGAGUAUUUGGGAUUCCAGUCAAAGGAUUUCCAAAGGACUACCCCUCAAAAAUGGAGUACUUUUUUGAUCCAGAUGUACUAACUGAAGGAGAGCUGGCCCCAAAUGAUAGAUGUUGCCGCAUUUGUGGGAAAAUCGGACACUUCAUGAAGGACUGUCCUAUGAGGAGAAAAGUGAGGCGACGGCGAGAUCAGGAAGAUACCCUGAACCAAAGAUACCCCGAGAACAAAGACAAAAGAAGCAAAGAAGAUAAAGAAAUUCAAAACAAGUACACAGAGAGAGAGGUAUCAACAAAAGAAGAUAAACCCAUGCAGUGCACACCUCAGAAAGCCAAGCCAUUGAGGGCAGCUGCUGAGCCAGGAAGAGAAAAAAUCCUCAGGCCACCAGUGGAAAAGUGGAAGAGACAGGAGGACAGAGACUUAAGAGAAAAACGUUGUUUUAUUUGUGGAAGAGAAGGGCACAUUAAAAAGGAAUGCCCUCAGUUUAAAGGCUCUUCAGGUCUGUCUAAAUCAGAUUGUGUAUUUGGAUCCCCUUCUUCACCUAACCCUUUGAGACCAGCUGGCACAUUUGUUCAGGCAGUGCUUUUACAUGAAGACCAAAAGCAACAAAAAACAUCUAUAUUUUUGAGUCCCCAGUCAGCUAGAAGAGUGAAGUUUGAAUUUCCUGUGCUGAGGAACCAUCAGGAAGAACAGAUUAUGGGGAGAAAUAGAGUUCAGCUUUAAAUGUGUAAGUUUUAAGAGACCUGCUGGAUAUUGUGGUAGAGGUGUUGAAUAGCCAAGUAGAUAUAGGAAGGAGCCUGGCAAUUAGAGCAGAAGUCCCAUCUGCAGAUACAAAUUUGAGGAUAAUCAGUAUGUAAUUGAUGAUAGUUAAGCCCUGGAUCUGACUGCAAUCACGUAGGAAAUACAUGCAGAUGAGAAAAGCAUGUAGAGGCUUAGGCAAAAUAAACCAAGGAGACAGAAACACACCCCCAGAAAAAAGUGUUUAACAGUGGGGAUGGAGAAGCAGCGAGUUUGAUCUUUUAAUGGAGUUUUAAUGGAGAAAGUGCCUCAAACGGGGGGCAGUUGGCUUUGUGCAAAUUGCUUCUGACAGACCUGUUCAACAAGGACUGAGAACGCUGCAUUUUAUUUGGCAACACAGAAGUCCCUCACUGUGACUUUGAAAAGAGCCAUUUCUUUGAAAUAGGGGGCAGAAAGACCUGAUUGUAGGGAGUUGUGCUGAGAAGUGCUGGAAGAAUUGUAGGGUACCUGACCUCAGCUAUGGCUGCAUAGUGCCAGGACCCCCAAUCCCUACCCAGUCCCCCCAGGCCCAAGGAAAGGAGGGGAAAAUAGGAUGCUAUGAAGGCCUUUCUUGGUGUUUCAAGAGUAGUUUUAAUCCUGAAAUAGAAGGGAGAAAUUUGAAGAGUAAAAGAAAAAUCAAAGUAACUUUAACAUAUAAUGAAUCACUUUUUCAGCUUUUUUUUUAAGGGGAUGAAACUAUAAAUCAUGAUGCAAACAGCUGGCCUUUAGACACUUAACUAGUUUUGUUUAAUAUCUCUUUCUCUUCCCCUCUCUAAUUUUCAAUAAAGUAGGAUUAAAGAAGGGAAAUUGUUUUAAAAAAAUAGAGCGUGUGUACUCUUUUUAAAUUGAUUGUAUAGUUGAUGAGAAAAGUUUUUGAAAUUUUAAAGCUUCAUUGAUAAAACCUGACAGUUUUAUAUAUAAUGUAAAACAAGCCACCUAUUUUGUGGUCAGCUUUUACGUGUUGUAUGUUAUUGCUAAGGUGCAAACAAUGUUUGCUUGUAGGUUGGAGAGAUGCCUGUGUUAGUUAUAAAGAAUGAAGAGGCUAAGCCACCUCUCCAAUCAGGUGUCAGUUUCUGAGAGAGAGCGCUCCCAGAGCCUCGGCAGCCUCCCCAGCCCCGCAGCAGAUAGAGCUCUUCCCUGCUAUCGCCAGCCCAGGCUGCAAUAAGCCAGGGCGCAGUGGUCUCACCCUGGGAAAGCUAAGGAAGCUCCAGGCGAAGGGCAUUUGGUUGUCUCUGCUUCGAAUGUUAACAAGGAAAAUAAAUUGAAUUAUUAAAUUAUUUAAGUACUUCUUAAGAUGAAUUACCUCAAAUAUAUAAAAUGAUCUACGUAGAAAUAGGCAUUUAUUUUUAUAAUAUGUGAAUAUUUUACAGUUGUGUUUUUUUAAUGAUUGGGAAAAACAUUCGAAAUGGCAUCAAGUGUCUGUACAAUCAGACUGAGGUAGGACGUCCCAAAGAGAAACAGAAAUCUUCAAAGAAUUGUCACACUUAUCCAAAAGGGGAAUGUGGUAUCCAUGAAAGGUGAAGACAUAGGAGAUUCUGUAAGAACAGGCAAGAGCAGCUCUUUCCUGGGAAGGUUUUGUAAUUGUUCUCAUUGGAAUGCAUGGACUUAAAAAUAAAAAAAGUUCUACUGGGAAAACCCUCAAAAUGAAAUAGAGUGAAAUGAGAAUGGGGUCUGUUCUGAGAGGAUUUGAUUGAUAGUGGGAGUAGCCAUGAAACAUGGAUGAGGAGAUUGACAAGCUGCCUUGGAAGCUACUUCAGCAAAUGAAAGUGGAUUGGAGACAGACUCCACUGCAGUUUGUGGGGUUGUUUCCGAUAGAUCCUCUGAGAGUUUGAAGGUCACAUAGUUAACAGAUGUAAAGAAGCCAAAAGACUUGUUUUUACAAGCUUCAGCCUUGAAUAGGCAUUUCCAGAACACUUUUCUUAAGAAAAUACUGGUCCUUACUUAGUUGAGAUUUGUUUUGUCAAAGAUAAGAUGUUGAUGAAUAUCAGCUUUUGCUGUCAGAUUGCACAGUGUGAUUUCUGGCUCUGUGAUCUUAUCCUCCAUUGCUUCAGUUUCCUCAUCUGUUAAAGGGGAUAAUAAUAAUACUAAUCUUGUAGGACUGUUGCAAAAUCUAUGUAAAAGCACUUAGAACAGUACCUGCAUGAUUUGAGAGCAGAGGUUGGUGGGCGCCAGUGGCGUUUGGUGUUCUGCAGGACAUCUGUCAGCAUUGCUUAUGCUAAAGAUUUUAUGCAUUUUGAAAGUAAAAUUUUAAUAUAAUUUCUUAAGUGGGGGAAAAGUACAGAUGUUAGGCAUAUACCUAGAAAUGGCAAUACCAAUUGACAGUAGGCUAGGAUUUCAAUAAAUUAUCUUUUGAGUGAAAGAUUUACAUCUUUAUAAAUCUUUUGAGUAACCAUAAAACUUAAGCUUACUACAGAAAAAAAAAUGUUACUGCAAUAAAUAAGGUUUGCUUUCUACCAGGAAAAAAAAAAAAAAAUUACAGGUGGUUAAAACUUAUCUUUUCUAAUAAACUCUUCAAGUUAAUGACAACUGUUAACACUGUCAAAUUUAUCCAUGAAAAAUUUAUACAAGUUAUGUAUGUUGUUAUGUGAAAUGUCUCAACAUUAAGUAGGAUUAAGUUUCCAGAAAGCUCAUUCUUUUCACAGACUUGAUCUGUGAUGCAUGGGUGGUUUCCUAAGGAGAAGCUCCUAGUGUGUACAGCCCCUGAUCUUCCGCAAUAGCUGAAUUGACCUUAGAAGAAAGAGGUGAGCUCCUCUGAGCUCCAGGUGUCCUGUUUAUAAAAUUGGCAAAAGCACCAUCUGUCUCGUGCUGCUGUGCUUAAAGCAGCCACCCACAUCCAAUAAUCAACCAAGUUCUCUUUCCUCUCCUGAUACUUCCUCCAUUCCACUAAGCUACAUAUUGUUCCUGAGUCUCAAAUGAGACAGCAGUAGAUAGAAAAUCCCACAAGUUUCCUUGCUCUUUUCCUCCCUCCCUCACAUACACACAGCUAACAGUGCCUUAGAUGUUCAGUAAGUUUUAUUGAUUAGAGGUGGACUCAUUUUGACAGAGUAAAGAAGAGUGGGAGCGUGAUCAAGAACAUGAGCUUUAAAGUCAGACUUACUCUAGUUUGACAUCCAGCCCAAUCAUUUACUAGGUCUGUUACCUCUGUCAUGUUAGUGAGCCUCUCUGCCUCAGUUUCCUUGUCCAUAAAUUGGGGCUAAUAGCUCACAGGGCAACUGUAAGGAUUAGUUUCAUAUAUGUAAAGCCCUAAACACCGUAUCCGGCACACAUCACUCGAUAAAUUAUUACUCUAAUUGCUGUAGUUAACAGAAAGUCUCCAACUAUGCUCUGACUGUCUAACUCUUAGGACAAAUACAUAAUGAAAACUUUUAACGAAAGAAGAGUAUGUGGAGAUUGAAGAACCAUAGUCAUAAACUGUUCGGUAUGAGAAUCUCAAGACUAACAUUUUUCUCUUUCUUAAUCCACUACUGUUUUUUGGAAAGAAAAUUAUUUUUCAAAAGAAACUACCUCUGUGUCUUUGUUUAUUCCAUUUUAAUCCAAGGGUUUGAAAUCUUAAAUAUUGGAGAUGCUAUAAGAGAUUGGUGAAUAUCUUUUCUCCUUUAUGAUAAUGUAUACUUUUUUCCUUGACCAGAAUGUUAUAGCUUACUUAUUAAAAACAAAAGCACAGUGGUCUUUAUGACAGUAUAUGUAAAAUAAUAUAAGCACUUUUUGAAAACCAUAUGGGAAGAUCUUAUCAGUGAAUAUAUAGAUCAUUGUUUUUCAUACCCUUCUUGAUAUUCCAGUAUAUGAACAUACAUUAUGUAUUUAACCAUUCUUUAUUAAUGGAACUAGUUCUCUUCAAAUAUUUGUUAUAUCAGUGUCUUCAAAACUUUUUUGCUUGCAUACUCGGUCCCAAAAUGUUGAACCACCCAUAUAUCUCCUUGUAUGUGUUUAAGUUGACAUCUGUUUUUCAUCAUAGUUGCAAAACAUGUAAUUUCUGGAGGUUUUUUUUAAAAUAUUGGCAUUUUUAAAACAAAACUUUUAAAUCAGUCUUUUUAAAUGUAUCAAAUGAAAUAUAAAUAUUAUUGCAGAAAUUUUACAUCUUUUUUUUUCUCCUUGAAUUCUUUUGUUUCACUUCCAUGGAAUUUUAUCUUAAGAUGAUAUAUUUUUAUCAUAUAUAUUUCAAGCAUUUUAUUGACUGGCCACAAAAGUGUUCAUAUAAAUUGAGUUUUUCAGCUUUUUGUUAAAUCUCAAAGUGUAAAAAUGUCUUCUAAAUUGUUUUUAUAGUUGGUAGAAGAAUAUAAUUGACCAAAACCAAUGUUACAAAUUUUGAUUAAAAAUUGCUUCCUAUGUUUACUUACUGAAAA